AUGAGGUUGGUGAGCAUUCUGGCUGCUGCUGCUGCUGCUGCUGCUGCGGUCGCAGCAGCAGAUCAUCUAGUUCUACCGCCACUGCCUUCUGGCUACAGUUCCCCCGCGCUGCCAAUUGGCCCUCCACAGGCCCCUCCGGCGUACAUGGUCAACAAUCAAGGAAACACUCACGGAGUGGCUCCUGAUGCUGGGACCAUGAACGGACCAAUUCUGACCGACAAGCAAAUGGAAAAUGUGGUCAAGGUUGAGAAUUCAACCCAACACCCUUCUAAGCGCGCAACAAGUACAUUCUGGAUGGACGGUAUAACCCAUGGCGAGAUGCCGCUCGCUGGAGAUGGAUAUCAGUUCUACCGUAAUGUUCAGGACUUUGGCGCCAUGGGAGAUGGUGUGACGGACGACACUGAAGCGAUUAACCGUGCGGUUUCGUAUUCCAGCUCGUCUAAUUCGACUGAAAGGUGUGGUCAGUCUUGCGGCUCGACUUCAGUCUAUGGUGCCCUUGUUUUCUUCCCACCAGGAACCUACCUCAUCAGCACUCCAAUUAUUCAGUAUUACUACACGCAGUUUGUAGGAGAUGCGACGGACAGACCAACCAUUAAGGGAAGUGCCAAUUUCACAGGCAUUGCUCUUAUCGACACCGACCCCUAUAUUCCAGGCGGAAACGGUGCAGAGUGGUACAUUAAUCAGAACCAGUUCUUCCGUCAAAUCCGCAACUUCAUCUUCGACAUGACCUCCAUGGCCUUUACCAAUUAUGAUGGAGACCAGGAAUAUAAUGCCACCGGUCUACAUUGGCAAGUGGCGCAGGCUACAUCCCUGCAGAACCUAGACUUCCAAAUGAGUGUCUCUACCGCAACAAACACAACGACCAUGGUGGGUAUCUUCAUGGAAAAUGGAUCAGGUGGCUUCCUCAGCGACUUGACUUUCUUUGGAGGCAAUAUCGGGUUCCGUGCGGGAAACCAGCAGUAUACUGCCCGAAAUCUGCAGUUCACAUCUUGUUUGACGGCCAUUUCCAUGAUCUGGGACUGGGGCUUCACCUGGCAAAACAUCUAUGUCUACUCUUGUUGGGUCGCAAUAGAUUGUACCAGCAUUGGUGGUAUUGAUUCCCAGGGCACUGGCUCCAUCAGCGUUCUAGAUUCUCAUUUCAACGGCGUGCCGUAUCCGAUUACUCUGCGCAAUGGAGGGCCAUACCCCAACAUCAUUCUCGACAAUCUGCUGGUCGAGAACUCUGCGGAUGUUGUGCUCGUUUCGGGAGGCGAGAUAAUUGUCGCUGGAUCUACUGAUGCUCUUUACUUCACUUCUUGGAACAUGGGGCGUCUCUACGAUUCCUUGAGUGGUGAUGGCCAGGACCACACUGGGUUUUUGAGUCCCACCCCAAACAAGCCCGCUAGUCUCCUCGACAGUUCCGGCCAAUAUUUUUCGCAGUCAAGACCUCAGUAUGAGACAUAUUUCAGCAGCGACUUUGUCGUGGCCACUUCAAAUGGCAUCUCAAAUGACGGGACUGGAGAUCAGACUGGUGCAAUCAAUACCCUUCUUUCCAGCUCGGUUGGCAAGCCUGUUUUCUUCCCUGCUGGAAUUUAUCAGGUCGAGUCGACAGUCAAAGUUCCAGUUGGCUCGAUCAUCGUUGGCGAGGGAUGGUCUCAAAUUAUGGGGACAGGAUCAUAUUUCGAGGAUGCUUCAAAUCCGCAGGUCAUGGUUCAAGUCGGUAAGGUUGGAGACUCUGGAGUAAUUCAAAUCUCCGAUAUGCUGUUCACUGUAAAGGGUGCUACCGCGGGAUGCAUCCUUAUGGAAUGGAAUGUGCACGAAAGCACACAGGGCAGCGCUGCCAUGUGGGACUCCCACUUCCGCGUGGGAGGAGCGGCAGGGUCCAACCUCCAGAUGGGAAACUGUCCAAAGGGUUCAGACAUCAACAUCGAUUGCAUUGCGGCAAGCAUGCUCCUCCAUCUCACUGAAAAAUCAUCGGGCUACUUUGAGAAUCUUUGGGUCUGGACGGCAGACCACGAUUUGGACGAGCCGGUAGGAAGCGCCAACACGACAACUGCGUCACAGCUCAAUAUUUUCACUGGUCGUGGUGUCCUCGUCGAAUCACAAGGACCAACUUGGUUUUACGGCACCUCUGUGGAGCACAGCGUGCUGUAUCAGCUCACCCUGUCGGGCGCAGAGGACAUCUUCAUUACCCAUGUUCAGACCGAGACACCCUAUUUCCAACCAAACCCAGAUGCAUCACAGCCCUUUGAUAUUUCUCGGAGUUGUGUCUCCGGUUCCAACUGUGAAGACGCGUGGGCUUUCCGCGUGCUCGAUUCAUCGGAUAUCCUGGUAUACACUGCAGGGUUUUACAGUUUCUUCAACGCCUUUGAGCAAACCUGUCUAAAUGACGAGUCGUGUCAGGAAAGACUUGUGGAGACCAGUUUCACGCAAGGGUUCUGGCUGUAUAACAUUUUCACGAUCGGCGCUGCGGAGGUCGUGAGCCCCAUGGGAGGCAUUCCACCCACCUUGCAGAGUGACGAUAACCAAAAUGGCUAUUCCACCGAAAUCAGUGCUUGGCUUGUUCUUGCCGAGGAUGGUGGUGAUCUCGGCGUUUCAUCUGGAAUCGAUGGAGAUACCGUCAUUGUAUACAUCGGUGACUUGGUUUGGGUUGAACCCAGCCCCAUUCUCCAGUGCUCCCCUCCAUGCAUUAUGGUGCUUCCCCCGUCGCCAGUACCCGCGCCCACUCCCGUCAAUUUCAGCCCCAUUCCUACAUCGAUCAAUCUCGGGGGAACUGUCAUCUCUGUAGUGACUCCAUCACCUGUGACUCCUUCCGAAAUUGGGUUCUUCCCUGUUACCAUUCCGUCAGGUGUAUAUAGCUCGGCCUUCAGUAUAGACUCGAGUCUUACACCGGGGCCCGUGGUGAUCAGCGGAGGAGGAACCACACAAAGCAUCACCUUCGACCCCACAACAGGCGCUGGGGGCGUAUCGGCUAAUGCUUCACUUGUGUACUACUCGCUUCCGACGACAAUAUAUACAUCUAACGGAGUGACCCAAACCUUCUCCGAGGCUCAAUUCACAGAGUGGGCGACCUUGCCAACAACUACUACCAUCACCACCUCGCUCAGCACGCGGGCUUCUACAUCAUCAGGCUCAUCUUCUUCGACGACAACUACAACUCUCUUGCCAGUGUGGAUCAAUAUUGGUGGCUUCUACUGGUCUCCAAUACCCCUGCCUGGACCAACUCCUUUCCCGAUUCCACGGCUCCCCGAGUUGCCCGAGAUCCCAGACCUGCCAUGUUUCAAGCUCUUCGACAUAUUCUCGAUCGACUGUCCUCCAGACAAAGGCAAACCCACAACGACAUACACUUCCGGUCCAGCCUCGCCAAGCUGCACCAAGUCCUGCGGAACAUACCGCACGAGUGACUCGACCUCUUCAAGCACGUCAUCAUGCACCACAACAACCUCAAUCGAAUGCACAUCCACGACAAUUUGCAACACGUACAUUGGAUGCGAGUGUCAAACCAAGACCGUGACCGACUAUUGGGUAUCCUGUGCCACGGAGAGCUGCACCACUACAAGUUCAAGCAUCGUAAGCGGCUGCGAUGUGACAGCCACGACCACGACCACGGGCAUCGCCUGCUUGACGGUAAGCUUGAAUCCGGACACCGACGACGAAGGUGAUGACGCCUAUUUUCCUGCCGUUGCCUCGGCGGUCAUUGUAACAAACCCCGAGUUUGUCUCGGUCGGCAGUUCAUCCUACGCAGUCUCUGGUGGAGAGAUAAUCGUGGGCGGAGGAGCCUACUCUGUUCUAUCUGUUACCGAAGCCGUGACCACGGAGAUUGAUGGAACUUCCGCUGUCAUCUACCCAUCUUCAACUGGAACGUCUUAUGAUGUGGCUGUGCCUGGUCUACUCGCUACCGGAUCGUCUGCAAGCUCAGCCUCCACAACUGCCCCAAUAACAACGACGACGUCAACAUCCGAGCCGUCCGCAACACGAAUCGCAGCAUUCAUGGUCUUCCAAGAGGACGUCAAUGGCGAAGGCAUCUUCCAAUGGUGGGUUGUAGACGAGUACACAAACAGCGUUACGGACGUCUGCGACGCGUCCGCUGACAUCGAGGUUGACUCGGACUCGGCACCUGGAGUUGACUUCAUUUACCCAGACACCACGAUCGGGCCUUUCACUAGCCAUGGCAUUGAAGGCUGUGUGUAUGUGGGUACCACUGAUGGGGCUACAGUCGGCAUGAUGACUUGUCCCGGGGUGGACUCGAUUGUUUGUGAGAAGGAUCCCCAGUAUAAUACGGACUUUGAAUGUUCGGGCACGGUUUUGACAUCUUGUGUGCGCUGUAUAUUCUGA